CCAUCAUGCUGCGAGAACGUUCCGUGAUGAUGACGCAUUUUCUACGCGCCGUGUUUACAGAGAGGAGUUGUGGAUAUAAGCGGGAUUCUACACGCUAAAAGCUGCGGCUUUAACGGUGGACUUGAUAUGUCUCAGCCAACACAGCAGACGGGGCCAUCUGCUCCUGACUUCCCUGCUCUGGUGGUCACAGCAAACGUGCAGAAAUAUGCCAUAAAGAAGAAGAAAAUCCUGAGUGCUGAAGAAAGUGAGCUGUUUGAACUGACUCAGGCUGCAGGCAUCACCGUGGAUCAAGAAGUCUUUAAGAUCAUAGUGGACCUCCUGAAAAUGAACGUGGCUCCCCAAGCGGUCUUCCAGACCCUGAAGGCAAUGUGUGCAGGACAGAAAGUAGCCGACAGCUGCAUAGAGGCUUCAGUUGUCUCCCACACAACAAACACCACCCCAGCACCCACCGAGGUCAAAGAAGACAGCUCUGUGGUCUCUGGAAAAAGCCCUAAGCCUCCUGCAGCUCUCCACUCAGCAUCAGGCCCCAGAGCCACAAGGGUCAACACUAAGAUUGUGGUCUAUGGCCCCCAAGAUGCUAGCUCUCCUCAGUCUCCAGCUGUGCGCAGUAAAGCUGGAGCGGGUCAAACUGAGAAGAACAAAGACCCCUCCAGUCAGAAGGUGCAGCGGCAGUCCAGCGCCACUAGAGGGCAGAAGACUAAGAGCUCCGGAAGUAGCAGCUCCUCUUCUCAUGUUACCUCCACAUGAGUACUCAGGUCAUUGUGAAACAAGCUGUAAAUAUGUAGGUUUUGUUACUAUUUAUGGGUUUAAAGGACUUUAAAUCUUUAAAUGUGUCUUUAGUUUUGUUAAAAGGUGCAUUUUGUGCAGUCCAUCUUCUUAAAAACAUAAACUACAGACAUUUUAAUUAUUCUGGAUGUUUGAUAGCAAACAUAUUUUCUAUUUUCAGUUACUCAUGUAAACAUGUGAAUAGUUGAUAAAAAUUAAAAAGUUGUCGCUCUGCAUGUAUUUACAGCUAAGCUGUAUACUAAGCGUCAAACACAAUUUCAUUUUUGGACAUGCUUAUUAAAAGUUUUUUUGCACAA